UUUUUGACAUCUGUCAUUCGUUAUGGACGUCAUUCUAAAUUAAUAACAAUUUGGAUUUUUAGUACAAAAACACACAGGUAUGUUAAGAUUUACGGUUAGUAAAGUCCUCAAUGGGGCCAAAAACGGCCCCAAAACGUUGACGGUGCUUACGAGAUGGCAGAGCGAUCAGGCGAAAAAACCUGAGAAGAUCGAAGUGUUUAUCGAUGACAAAUCUGUGAUGGUUGAGCCUGGUACCACGGUUUUGCAGGCCGCGGCGUUGGUUGGCGUCGAAAUUCCAAGGUUUUGUUACCAUGAGAGACUUGCAGUUGCAGGCAACUGCAGAAUGUGUCUCGUCGAAGUUGAGAAGAGUCCCAAGCCUGUUGCUGCUUGUGCCAUGCCUGUAAUGAAAGGCUGGAGGGUAAAAACCGACUCAGAAAUGACGCGCAAAGCUAGGGAAGGGGUAAUGGAAUUUUUACUGGUAAAUCACCCCCUGGAUUGCCCCAUUUGCGAUCAAGGUGGCGAAUGCGACCUUCAGGAUCAAAGCAUGGCCUUCGGCUCUGACAGAUCGCGGUUUGUCGACAACGAUUUCAGCGGCAAACGUGCAGUUGAAGACAAAGAUAUUGGCCCGCUGAUUAAAACCACAAUGACGCGUUGCAUCCAUUGCACGCGGUGCAUCCGGUUCGCCUCCGAGGUUGCCGGAGUCGAUGAUUUAGGUACAACCGGUAGAGGCUCAGACAUGCAAGUUGGAACUUAUAUCGAAAAACUAUUCUUGUCCGAACUGUCCGGAAACAUUAUAGAUUUGUGCCCUGUCGGCGCCCUAACCAGCAAACCGUACAGUUUCACCGCUCGCCCAUGGGAAAUCCGCAAAGUCGACUCCAUCGACGUACUGGACGCCGUGGGUUCGAAUAUUGUCGUGUCUACGAGAACCGGCGAAGUUCUCAGGAUCAUGCCCAGGAUCAACGAAGAGAUCAACGAGGAAUGGCUGUCGGACAAAUCGCGUUUCGCUUACGACGGCUUGAAGCGCCAAAGGCUCGUAACACCGAUGCUGAGGGACUCCAGCGGAGAACUGAAGCCCGUGGACUGGGAGGCGGCCCUUUUGACCGUGGGAAAGCAAAUAAAAAACGCCGGAGACAAAAUCGGCGCCGUAGCGGGCGGCUUCGCCGACGCGGAGCUCCUGAUCUCCGUCAAGGAUCUCCUGAACCGCCUGGGCUCGGAGAAUCUGUGCACGGAACACGUUUUCCCCAUGGACGGGUCCGGUACCGAUUUGAGGUCGAGUUAUUUGCUGAACAACAAAAUCGCCGGGGCCGAAGAAGCGGAUUUGGUGCUGUUGGUGGGCACCAAUCCGAGGUUGGAGGCGCCGUUGUUGAACUCCAGGCUCAGGAAGGCUUACAUCCACAAGGAGUUGGAGGUGGCCAUGAUCGGCCCCGAGGUCGACCUCCGCUACGAAUACGAACACUUGGGCGCUGAUCCCAACGUUCUCAAGAACAUUGCGUCCGGAAGCCACGCCUUCGCCAAGAAACUCAAGUCGGCCAAACGCCCGCUCAUCAUAGUCGGUUCCGACACCUUGGAGCGUCCCGACGGCGCCGCCAUCUUGGCCAGCGUGCAGGCUUUGGCCAGCUCGGCUUCGCCGCAAGAGAAGAGCUGGAAGGUUCUGAACGUUUUGCAUAAAGUCGCCUCUCAGGUGGCUGCUUUGGAUAUAGGUUACACUCCUGGCGUGGAAAAGAUUAGGAAUGGUAAUCUGAAGGUUGUUUUCCUAUUGGGUGCUGAUGAAGGCGCCAUUACAAAGGAAGAUUUGCCCAAGGAUUGCUUUGUUAUAUAUCAAGGUCACCACGGCGACCGCGGCGCCCUCUUGGCCGACGCGGUGCUCCCUGGCGCGGCCUACACCGAAAAACAAGCGACGUACGUCAACACCGAGGGCAGGGCGCAGCAAACGCUGGUGGCGGUUACGCCGCCGGGGCGCGCCCGCGAGGACUGGAAGAUCGUGCGCGCCCUAUCGGAAGUGGUGGGCGAGAAGCUGCCCUACGACAACCUCGACGAGAUCAGGGACAGGCUGGAGCAGGUGGCGCCGCACCUAACGAGAUACGGCCGCGCCGAGAACGCGAACUACUUCAAGCAGGCCGCCGCUCUGGCCAAGAGCGCCAACCUUGAUAGCACCCCCCUAGACGUAAAAAUAAAAGAACUUAAAGAUUUCUAUAUGACGGAUUCGAUUAGUAGGGCCUCUCCAACCAUGGCCAAAUGCGUACAGGCCGCUUUAAAGCAAAAAGAAGCCAAGUGUUAA